AUGGCGGCCCUAGGCUCCAGCAGCCAGAAUGUCACUGAGUAUGUUGUCCGAGUUCCCAAAAACACAACAAAAAAAUACAACAUCAUGGCCUUCAAUGCGGCCGACAAAGUCAACUUCGCUGCUUGGAAUCAGGCGCGGCUGGAGCGGGACCUGAGCAACAAGAAGAUAUACCAGGAGGAGGAGAUGCCCGAGUCCGGCGCCGGCAGCGAGUUCAACCGUAAGCUCCGCGAGGAGGCGCGCCGGAAGAAGUACGGCAUCGUCCUCAAGGAGUUCCGCGCGGAAGACCAGCCCUGGCUGCUGCGCGUCAACGGCAAGGCGGGCCGGAAGUUCAAGGGUGUGAAGAAGGGGGGCGUGACGGAGAACACAUCCUACUACAUCUUCACCCAAUGCCCCGACGGCGCCUUCGAGGCCUUCCCAGUGCACAACUGGUACAACUUCAUGCCGCUGGCCCGGCACCGCACGCUCACGGCCGAGGAGGCUGAGGAGGAGUGGGAGAGGAGGAACAAGGUCCUGAACCACUUCAGCAUCAUGCAGCAGCGGCGGCUUAAGGACCAGGACCAGGACGAAGAGGGGGAGGAGAAGGAGAAGCGUGGCCGCAAGAAGGCCAGCGAGCUGCGCAUCCACGACCUGGAGGACGACCUGGAGAUGUCCUCCGACGACAGCGAGGCCAGCGGCGAGGAGGGCGGCAGGCCCCCCAAGGCCAAGAAGAAGGCGCCGCCAGCGAAGGCGGGCAGGAAGAAGAAGAAAAAGAAAGGGUCGGAUGACGAGGCCUUCGAGGACAGCGACGAUGGGGACUUUGAGGGCCAGGAGGUAGACUACAUGUCUGAUGGCUCCAGCAGCUCCCAGGACGAGAUGGAAGGCAAGCCCAGAGUGACCCAGCAGGAAGAGGGUCCCAAGGGUGUGGACGAGCAGAGUGAGAGCAGUGAGGAGAGUGAGGAGGAGAAGCCGCCCGAGGAGGACAAGGAGGAGGAGGAGGAAAAGAAGGCCCCGAACCCCCAGGAGAAAAAGCGCAGGAAAGACAGCAGUGAUGAGUCGGACAGCUCAGAGGAAAGUGACAUUGACAGUGAGGCCUCCUCAGCCCUCUUCAUGGCGAAGAAGAAGACGCCCCCCAAGAGGGAGCGGAAGCCAUCGGGAGGCAGCUCCCGGGGGAACAGCCGGCCCGGCACACCGAGCGCCGAGAGCAGCAGCACCCCGUCCACCCUGCGGGCGGCCGCCAACAAGCUGGAGCAAGGCAAGCGGACCAGCGACGUGCCCACAGCCAAGCGGCUCCGCAUGGACGCCGGGCCCCAGAGCCUGUCCGGGAAGUCCACCCCGCAGCCCCAGUCUGGGAAGUCCACCCCCAGCAGCAGUGACGUGCAGGUGACGGAGGACGCCGUGCGCCGCUACCUGACGCGCAAACCCAUGACCACCAAGGACCUGCUCAAGAAGUUCCAGACCAAGAAGACGGGGCUGAGCAGCGAGCAGACCGUGAACGUGCUGGCACAGAUCCUCAAGCGCCUCAAUCCCGAGCGCAAGAUGAUCAGCGACAAGAUGCACUUCUCCCUCAAGGAGUGA